UGAAUAUAUAUAUAUACAUAUAUACAUAUAUACAUAUAUAUAUAUAUACACACAUAUAUAUGUAUGUGUGUGUGUGUAUAUAUAUUUACAGCUCUUCGUGGCGAUCUAGGUCUCUCUCUAUAUUUCCAUGCACACGUCAAUCUCUCCCUCUGCCUGCACUCCAUCUGGCAGCUUUGCGCCAGGUUCUGUUGUUAUUGUCGAUGGUGGUUGGUGGUGUUUUCUUUUGCUUUUCGGUUUGUGCCUCCUGCCCUCCCUCCCGCUACUCCCCACCCCCUUCCCCGGCACUGCCGCACUCGCCCUUUCCCCGUUCAUUGUGCAGAGAAAUUAUUAUUAUUAUUAUUGUUAUUAUUAUUAUUAUUAUUAUUAUUACGAUCGCUUGAUAAACAUUUGUCAUUUAGCCGCUAUCCCCGCUUCUCCCUGCGCGCGCGUGUAUGCAUGUGUGCGUGUGCGUGUGUUUUGGAUGUGGUUUUGUCUAUUGUUGGCAUGAAACCGGAGGGUGGGGGGAAAUACAUCUUUCUCCCGUACGAGAUGUGAUUCCAUUCAGCUUCCUUCCCCCCAACCCUCCCCACCCCUUUUCCACCCCAUCAUUUCUUUUUAAACCCGCAACACUUCUCAGUAGAUCCAUUUCUCAGGCUCAUUUUUCUCGAAAGAAAGAUGAAAGACGUGUAAGUAGGGAGAGAGGAAAAGGGGUGAAGAAGAUGGAAGAAAAAAAAAAAAAAAAAAGAGGAAAUGUGCUACUGUAUCUCCUCUUCCCUGUGCUUUCCGGUGCCCCGGAGUGUGCUUCUGUGAGAGAUCUGGCCUUGUUUUCAUUCCAUGCGUUCAAAGCAAAGUUUGUGACUGAACCGUGUUUCUGUACUUCUGUCGUUUCUUUCUUUCUUUCCUUUUUUUUUUUUUUUUAAGCUAGCUGCUCAUUUUAUUUCUUCAUCAAACUCCACCCUCUCCUUAAAGCCUACAUACAAACCUCGAUUUGUAACCUAUUUACCGGUUCUUCUCAUUUUAGAAGUAUCCGCAGCCUGCAUCUGGCAGCGGGCUCCCCACCAUUUCCAACUGCUCUGCUAUCUCUUUUUUUCCUCCUACUUUCCAAGAGUUGCUGUGGUUUUCCUUGAGUUCAGACUCAUUCUCGUGUAGGGAGAUUUCCUGCCCUCCUUUCCCCUCGAAACGUAUUUUCUCGGUUUAUAGUUAAAGUUUACCCUGCGACUGUCGUUAAAGAUGUCCUAGAGUUACAUCAGCGAAAUAGUCAAUUUUGCGGAGCGGGGAUUACUAUUGUCUUAAUUGGUUUUUAAAUUAUAUUUUAUAUGCCACAAGAAAAGGAAUGAAGCUGCAACAGAUCUGAAAGAGCUCAUAAAUAUGACGGCUCCAUUGGUAGCUUCAGAGGCUGUUGUUAGGUGUCUAGGGGAGUGGGGAGAAGAAAAAAGAAAAAAAAAGGGAGGAAAAAAAAAGUGAGACUUGUGCUCCCAGUUAAACGAAAAAUAACUGCCAAGUUUACAAGCAGAUUGAAGAGGGAGAGGAGGGCUGGAGGGCAGUAGCAGAGAGGUCCAGCCCGGGAGGCGAAGAGGGCUCGUUGGGGAAGAAAAGAGAAAGUUGAGAAAAAUGUGGCACGCCGGAAAGAUGAGUGAUCUGCGUGUGCGGGUGUGUGCCAGCGAGCGUGUGCGGGUGUGCGUGUGCGUGUCUGUGUGUGCAGGGAACAAGCCUGAGUAGCCGUAGCUUCCCCUGAAGUUACCUUUGUUUACAUGGCAUGCGACUGCAACCGCUGGCACUGAUGAAGUAAAACACACGCACACACUAAAAAAAAAAAAAAAAAAAAAACCACCACAACUUCGGUCAGCUUUCGGGACUCGAGGCAUGCUCACGCUCUGUGUGGAGAUGGUUAAUGAAUCCAGUGUUUUUGCAGUUGCAAGCUUGUGCAUUCACUGUGCAACGCUGACUGCAGGCUUUUGCCGUGGCAACAGCUCACCAAAGAUAUUAAUUACACCGUCCCCUUUUUUUUCCACGAAUGUUUGGCUAUUCGGUUCAGCGAGGAAGGAUGCCACCCACCCAACCCAACCCCGGCCAGUACGCCCUGACCAACGGCGACCCCCUGAAUGGGCACUGCUAUCUCUCGGGAUACAUCUCCCUCCUGCUGCGGGCCGAGCCCUACCCCACCUCCCGCUACGGCAGCCAGUGCAUGCAGCCCAACAACAUCAUGGGCAUCGAGAACAUCUGCGAGCUAGCCGCCCGUCUGCUCUUCAGCGCCGUCGAGUGGGCCCGCAACAUCCCCUUCUUCCCCGACCUGCAGAUCACCGACCAGGUGGCCUUGCUGCGGCUCACCUGGAGCGAGCUCUUCGUCCUCAACGCUGCCCAGUGCUCCAUGCCCCUCCAUGUGGCCCCGCUCCUGGCCGCCGCCGGCCUCCACGCCUCCCCCAUGUCGGCCGACCGCGUUGUCGCCUUCAUGGACCACAUCCGCAUCUUCCAGGAACAGGUGGAGAAGCUGAAGGCGCUGCACGUCGAUUCGGCUGAGUACAGCUGCCUGAAAGCCAUCGUCCUCUUCACCUCAGACGCCUGUGGCCUGUCGGAUGCUGCGCAUAUCGAGAGCCUUCAGGAGAAGUCACAGUGCGCGCUAGAGGAGUACGUGCGGAGCCAGUACCCCAACCAGCCCAGCCGCUUCGGGAAGCUGCUGCUGCGGCUGCCCUCCCUGCGCACCGUCUCCUCCUCCGUCAUCGAGCAGCUCUUCUUCGUCCGCUUGGUAGGUAAAACCCCCAUCGAAACCCUCAUCAGGGAUAUGCUACUGUCUGGGAGCAGCUUCAACUGGCCUUACAUGUCCAUCCAGUGCUCCUAGAGCCCAUUCCGCAUCCCCGGCAGAGAGGCGGCGGAGCGGCGGAGACGGGAGCGCUCGCACCGAGGGGCAGUCGGGGUGCGGGGGGGGGCCCGGGAGGUGGACACUGAACAAAAGAAAGGGCCAAGUGAGAGCAGAGAUGUGGCCGUGUAGGGGAGAAGAACGGACCUCUCGUCCGUGGAGGUUGUGGUGUUUCGCUUUUUCUUUUUUUUUUUUUUUUUUUUCAUUUGGCCUAUUUUUUUUUUUUUGAGAGGAGGAAAAAAGAAAUAAAUAAUAUUAAUAAAGGAGACAAAAAAAAAAAAGAAAAAUUAAAAAAAAAAUGAGUAUUGAGGGGAUAUUAAUCAAACCUGAAGGGGAUACUGGAUCUUCCAGGAUUUAUUGUGGACUGUUGCUGAUAUAUGCUGUACAGUAAACCAACAAAACAAAAAAUCAUUGAAACUGAACUGAACCUUGUGUAGAAUGAAAAAAAAAAAACCCAAAAGAAGUAAACAAAGAAAAAAAUUCUACGCGCAAACACUUACCACGAACAUUGUUACUCAUUUUGUAAUAUAUUAGUCUUUAUUUUCAUUUUUGGUAAAAGUUAAAACAUCAUAUGCGCAUAAAGAAAAAAAAGAAAGGAGAAUUAGGGGAAAAUAACAUUUUCCAAAUAAUUAUAAAAAAAUUGUCCUGUGUCUAUGUAUCUAUAUCUGUUUUGUAUUUUUUUCUGGUUCCAAACCAGGUUUCCUGUGAUUCUAUACUAAUAAUUUUUUGAUAUAACCCUUUGCUUCUUAUAAUGAGUGCGAUAUAUGUUGUCAAAAUUGUUCUUCAAGAAUUAAAAUUGAAGUGAGAAUUUAAACAAAAAAUAAAAGAAUUUAGCAAACUCCCCCCUACUUAUCACCCCACAAACCAUGAGUCUUGUUGUUUGAAACAUGCCAACAAUUCACAAAAAAAAAAAAAAACAAAAACAAAAACAAAACCAACAAAAAAACCACAAAACAAACAAUAACAACAAAAGAUCUCACCUGGAUUUUUAACUCUCUACUGGUGCUAAAAAAGAGAACUUAAAAAAUACUUGUGAGAUCUAGCCAAGUUGUGUAAACUACAUGAUGCUCCAAAACGGGCUUGGCUGGGCUUAAGCUUAGGGCUGAGCUGUCAAGGUCUAGGAAGAGGGAGUGGGAGGUGCAGUGUGAUGCCUUAGGUGACCUUGCCUCGCUGAGACUAAACCGCAGACUCCCUACCAAGGCUGAUGGCCUACCCUUUUUUUGAAAUAUCUUUUCCCAUCAGCUGGAUUUUCUGCUGAAUUCACACCUUGUUUUUUGCCCUCAGAAACCAUGGGCAUGGACUGCAGUCACCAUAUGCCACCACCUCUACCCGUGCAGCAGGAGGCAUACUGUAGCCAUGGGUCUUGUUUGUUCCAGAUAUGGUGGCUUUCUGCUUCUGGGAGCUCGGGGUGGGGUUGGGGUUUUUUGCUUCUUUUCUCUUCUUUUCCACCCCAAGGACUCACAGACCCCUCUGUGUGCUCCGGUGUGCACACCUUGUGCUUGCUGUCAGCCAAAACAUCUCUCUUGCUAUUUCUCCUAACUCUAGUCACGAUGUGUGGACGAUAUUCCCAGUCCAUUAAUAUAGAAAUCCAACUAGAUGCUUGCUCAUUGGGUGGUGAGCCAGUGCAUUUCACAUGUGCUUAUGUGCCAUGGUCAAGCAAAAAACACAGGCUGUGACCCCCCACAUCAUGGCCACCUAUCACAGGGGCCCGAGCUCUGUGCCAAAAGCCCCUCUUUAUUUCAGCUUGUCCUUUUCUUCAAAGAAAAUUAAAAAUCAUUUUUGUAAUGGAAGUCCUUUGAACGUAAAGGCUUCUAGCUGGUGGUGCAGAUCUCUGUAACAGCUUUCAGUGCAUUAAUGUUUUAUAGGGUCUGAGACAGAGCUGUGAGAACACAUACUACCAAGGGAGCUCUUUCUUAACGUAUUAAUAAAGCUGAAUCUUUAAAAAUAGCAUUGUCCCCCCUCACACAGACACCUCCCAUACCCUCCAAACAAGCCUGGAUGAGGCAGAUUUUUCAGUUUGUGGAAACAUGGGCAAGUUUUUCAUUUUAAUUUUCUGUCAUACAUACUCUCCUUCUCUCUCUUUCUCUCUCUUCCUCUCUCUCUCCCCCCCUCCUUUUUUUGCUUUUUCUUUCUCUCUCUGUCUCUCUCUUUUUUUUUUUUUUUUUUUUUUUUUUUUGCAUUAACAAGAUCCUUCAAUCCAACUCGCUUGGGGUUUUUAAUAUUCUAGGCGCAGCAGAUCCGAGGCUAUAGCAGCUCCAUACAGUAGGCACUUAUAGCUGGAUAAUCAACAUUGUGAGCAGAUCCUCUAUGGGGGGAUCAUCCCAUUCAGGAUGGAGAAGUGGCCUGUAUUCAUAGAUGCUGGCAGUGGGGGGACUCGGAUGAUUCCAGACCUGAGCACACAAGAACGGGAAUUAGACAAACAGACAUCCUCCCUUUUCCCACUCACACGGACGUGGGAUGGGCAAGAGCUUUGUUUCUGGCCCUUCCACGGGUAGAGGGGAUCCAGCAGCCCCUCCGAGCUCUCAACAGGGAGUGAGCGGGCAUGCUUAGACCGGGGAGGUGCUGAAAGCAGCUCUUCAACAUUGCUUUUUGGUGGGAUGGGUGACUUGAGACACAGCUGGAUUAGCAGUUAAAAACACAAACAAAAAUUAAAAAAAAAAACCACACAGAACAAAAAAAUCCAAACCCCAAAAUAAUAACAAAAACAAAAACAAGCAAGAAACACCACCCCCCCCCCCAAAUAAACAAAACACAUGGGGAUAUCGGAGUAGAAAAACAGGUCUCGAUUUCUUCCAAUGAGAUGUAAAUAUAUUCAUUACAGCGUUAUCCCACUGAUGAAAACAGAUAAACUUUUUCAUAGGUAUUUUUCAAUUAAUUUUCAUAUUUAUGAAUAAUAAUAAUAACCCACAGAUUGCCAAGAAACUUGCAGGUACGAGAUGCACUUAUUUCCAUGUAUGUGCCUAGAAAGAAGUGUUUCAAUCCCUUAUUAAACUUUGCUUAUAAGACA